UCCGGACGACAGGCGAAAAUUGGAACUUUUUUGUACUGUGCAUUUUUAUUACAUUUUAAAUAGAAAAAAAUAAAAUAAAACCGCGUCCAAAGUGUUGCUCUAUCGUUUUUCACACAAGUGGUGUUUGAAGUGUCGAUUGUGUAGAGUUAAUGAGAAGUGCGGUUAAUCUUGAAGAAUGAGAUAGCAAGAUGAGAUCUCAACAGCUCUCGGUACUCACUGCCUGGAUUGUUCUGCAAUUUUUUUGCGGAAUAUGCAGCACAGUUUUGCUCAUCAACGUUAGAAAUCAGGGAGGAGAGAUUAUACAAGAAAACUUGACGUCCAACACAACAGAUGAUGUGAUAACUUUGGAGUUUCAACGUUCAGAUGGAACUCUGGUCACCCAAGUUGUAGAUUUUAAAAAUGAGGUUUUAAUCAUAAAAGCCUUGGUCCUGGGUGAAAUGGAGCAAGGUCAAAACCAAUACCAAACACUGUGCUUCGUGACUCAUUUUUAUGACAAGGAUUUCAUAUCCUCCGAUGCAAUGGCGAAAUUGAGGCAAAAGAAUCCCAGUACAGUUAGAGUUGCGGAGAUAAAUAGAAAUUAUGCAAAUUACUCCAUGAAUUUGUUUCUAGACGUUUUUCAAUCAAACGUUAUAUCCAAGCAUAUAAAUGAUUUUUGUUUUGAGGCAGCAGGAUCUACUUUCACGAGGCAUGAAGAUGUAAAAAAAUGGGCUCAAAGACCCGAUUCUUCUAAAACCGCACUUCUAGCAGCUGUACAUAAUUUUACUAUUAUCACAAGUAGUCAAACAACUAGUAAUAAAACGAAAUCACAAUCACUGUCAAAGUGUGCAGACACAUCAACGUAUACAGCACCGUGCACUUGCUCGUUGGAGUUGUGUAUAAGUUGGUAUCCUUGUGGACUGAAAUUUUGUAAAAAUAAAGAAGAAAAGGACAAACCCGGCCUCAGUUACAGGUGUGGUAUAAAAACGUGCAAAAAAUGUUACAUUUUCUCUUACUAUUCGAAAAUGAAAGAAAACUGUUUAUGGGAUGAAUGA